GCGGGGCGGGGGGAGACGGCGCACAGCGGUCGGGACUUUCCGCCGGGCUGGCGGUCGCCUUCGCCCGGCUCCAGCUGCCGCCCGCCGCCCCGUUCCCCGCACACGCUCGCAGGCAGGGGCCGAGCGCGCUGCACCCGCAGCCCGUGCCGGGACCUCGGCGGCGGCCGGUGCCCGGCGAUAGAUCAGCCUGCGGCGGAGCGGCGCGGACUCUCCUGCCCGGACGCACUCGCACUCCAGGGCUUUGCAGAUUAACCUAUGACUGACUCAUAAUCUGAGAACUGCAGUGGCUUGUAAAAUAGGAAGGGCAAAGAAAGAAACCAGGCAGACUGUAGCAAAGCUCCCUUUAUUGGCAGGAGUAAAGAGAGCCCUAUCAGAGCAUUGAGAAAGCCUAUUCUUCUUUCUGCUCAAGCUGCGGAUCAAAUGAGAUUCAAAUAAAACGAAGGAAAUAAACUAUCUUAGAGCAUGGACCCCAGUAAGAAGUCAGAACCCCCUUUAUCUGUAGAAAUGGUACAGCAGAGAGCCAAUCCUGACCGCAGUCCAUCAGCAUCCAUCUAUGUUCCAGAACAAGGUGGCUACAAAGAGAAAUUUGUGAAUGCCGUGGAAGAUAAGUACAAAUGUGAAAAAUGUCACCUCAUCUUAUGCAAUCCUAAACAGACUGAAUGUGGACACAGGUUCUGUGAAACCUGCAUGAAUGCCUUGCUGAGAUCUUCUAGUCCAAAAUGUACAGCGUGUCAAGAAAGCAUAGUAAAAGAUAAGGUAUUUAAAGAUAAUUGUUGCAGGAGAGAACUACUUGCCCUUCAGAUAUACUGCAGGAAUGAAAACAAGGGCUGUAAGGAACAGCUGUCUUUGGGUCAAUUAUUGAUGCAUUUGAGGACUGAUUGUCAGUUUGAAGAACUUCCAUGUCCUCGUGCUGAUUGCAAAGAAAAAAUACUGAGAAAAGAUUUGCCAGACCAUGUAGAGAAGACCUGUAAAUACCGGGAAACAACCUGUAAAUACUGUAAAAGCCAAGUCCCAAUGAUUAUGUUGCAGAAACAUGAAGAUACAGACUGCCCAUGUGUCAUGGUUUCAUGUCCUCAUAAAUGUAGUGUUAAAACACUCAUGAGGAGCGAGUUGAAUGCACAUUUGUCAGAAUGUAUUAAUGCCCCAAGUACCUGUAGUUUUAAGCGUUAUGGCUGCACUUUUCAGGGAACAAACCAACAAAUUAAAGCACAUGAAGCCAGCUCAGCAGUGCAGCAUGUUAACUUAUUGAAAGAGUGGAGCAAUGCUCUAGAAAAUAAGGUGGCCUUGCUCCAGAAUGAAAGUUUGGAAAAGAACAAGAGUAUACAAACUUUACAUAAUCAGAUUUGUAGCUUUGAAAUAGAAAUUGAAAGACAGAAGGAAAUGCUGCGGAAUAAUGAAUCUAAAAUACUUCAUUUACAGCGAGUGAUAGACAGUCAAGCAGAGAAACUCAAAGAACUGGACAAAGAAAUCCGUCCCUUCCGACAGAACUGGGAGGAGGCUGACAGCAUGAAGAGCAGCGUGGAAUCCCUCCAGAACAGAGUGACUGAGCUGGAAAGUGUUGAUAAAACUGCAGGGCAAGGAGCUCGGAAUACAAGCCUGCUGGAGACCCAGCUGAGCAGGCAUGAUCAGAUGCUGAGCGUUCACGACAUCCGGCUGGCUGACAUGGACCUGCGCUUCCAGGUCCUGGAAACCGCCAGUUACAACGGGGUGUUGAUUUGGAAAAUCCGAGACUAUAAACGUCGGAAGCAAGAAGCUGUCAUGGGGAAGACACUGUCCCUGUACAGCCAACCCUUUUAUACUGGAUACUUUGGCUACAAGAUGUGUGCUAGAGUUUACCUGAAUGGGGAUGGCAUGGGAAAGGGGACGCACUUGUCUCUGUUUUUUGUCAUCAUGCGUGGAGAAUAUGAUGCUUUGCUUCCUUGGCCCUUCAAACAGAAAGUGACUCUCAUGCUUAUGGAUCAGGGACCGUCUCGACGCCACUUGGGAGAUGCUUUCAAGCCAGAUCCGAACAGCAGCAGUUUCAAGAAGCCAACUGGAGAAAUGAACAUUGCAUCUGGCUGCCCAGUCUUUGUGGCUCAAACUGUUCUAGAGAAUGGAACGUAUAUUAAAGAUGAUACUAUUUUUAUUAAAGUCAUAGUGGAUACAUCGGAUCUACCAGACCCCUGACAUACACUGGGGGAGGCGGAUUAAACAGAAGGCAACUCCGUUUGGGGGUUUUAUAUCAGUUUGUCUUCAAUCAGAGGUCCUAAAGCUCACAGAACCACCUUGUGGAACAGAUGGAAGAGUUUGAAGGCAUAACUGCAUAGGGUCCAAUUGCGAAAGUAGCAACACAUUAAGAAAUCAUGCCAUGGUAUAUUUUUUAAUAGAACUAGCAACACUUGAGCUCUGACGAAUCACUUAUCCUUCAUCAGGAUAGUGAUUAUGGUCAGAGAGGAUUUUUUUUAACUUAUUAAUGAUCUAGUCAAUUGGAGGUGAAAAGACAUAUACAGUAUGUGCUGAAUCAAUUACUGACUUUUAUUUCUUUUAAGCUAGAAUACAAGAAAAACCCUUCACAUGUGGGCUAGCUGGAAAUUGUCAGCAUGUUAAAAGAUGAUGAAAUAAUGUUGCAAUUAUGAUAUUCUUUGAAAAACUGAGGUGCAAUCUUGUCUGAAAUAUAGUAUAUUGUCUUUUUAAGGCCUCAUCUGGUCUCUGUUUUAAUAAUUACUUUGUCAGAAGAUCUUGGAAAAGUAUCCAUGUCUUCUCAAAAGUAUCUGAAUCAAAAUCAUAUUUUUAUUUAAAGUUCUAUUGUUACAGAAAACAUUUUAUUUUAAAACUGUUAAUAGACUGAUAUUUCUUGGAAGAAAAAAUAGAAGAUAUCAAACACUGGUUAUCACUUGUGAUAGGAAAAAAAAUCUAUUCAAUUCUGUUAUUUCUCUUUAGAAAUGUAAACCUACAAUAUAUGUCGUAGUUAAUGACACUAUUUCAAAAUUAAGGAAAAAUCACUCAUGGAUGCUGUGCAUCAUUAUCAGAUUUAUAAUUGUUUUCACCCUAAAAUAGGGCAUUUGUUGAACUUUGGAGUUCUAAACGGAAUCCUGUACAUUUUUUAAAGUUCUGCCCCAUGCUUUCCAAUCAAGCUAUAUAUGUUGCACAUUAUCCUGUCAGCAGUAUAUAGUAUUUUCAGUAUUGGGGAGGAGGAUUAGUGCUGAAAAAAGCCUCUAUGUUUGUUCUGUACUAGCAGCCAUUGCUUCAAGACAAACCAGCAAUGUCUUAAUACAGUGAUGGUGGCUUGCAUGCAUACAUGUGCCUUAGAUGUGCUGUGCUGCUUAUAAACCAUAGCUUUUUAUUCAGAUUAAUUCUGAUAUCUGAAAUGGUAGUUUAAUUGGACUUCAGGCAUAAUGUUUAGCCUUGUCUUCAGAGCCCUUAGGUACCUUGCAAUGUACGAAACAGAAGCCAAAGCCCACUCCUUUGGCUUCUGCAGCUUCUAUGACUUGGCCAUGGUGGAAUCCAUCCCAUUGAGGUGCCAAAACGUUAUGCUCAGUGCUCCUAUGGAGCUUGGACUAGACAGUCUCCAUGGCCACUGUGAGGGCAGGCGACAUUUUUCCUCUAAUGCCUGUGGCUGUAAGGUGGCAUCACUUGAAACUAAUCCAUCUGAGAACUCUGGGGCUGUGAAUAUGGAUGCUCGUGGCAGCUUCUCAUAGCAUACGAGCAUCCUAAUGGGGAAUGCAUGGGCUUCUUUCUUGUAACAGCCUCAACUGUAGUGAAAAGCAUUUGCUAGCCCUGAAACAUGCUGAUUGCAACCUGCUGUGUUCAUCUGCUUCUAUUUAAUAGCCUAUGACAAGCAAGUCCAGAGACACAGCCUGACUGUGGUGCUCUUUAAAAUCCUGCUUAAGCACAGCGGGCUUGCACCACUGUGUUUUCAGCCUUCGUGGGCUUGAAAAAACCUAUUGCAUCUCAGCCUUUAAUGUCAGGCUGUAUCAGUUUUCUGCUUUUUUGAAGCAUAGUCACAAUUUUUGUCUAAGGUGCAGUUGAAUUCAUGCCUUUGUAUUUCAGCUUGUGUUUGCUGUUGUCUUUUUUGGCUGUGCCUUCACACACAGUGCCUGCAAGAAGUAUUUAUGGAUAUACAAUGCAUGCUAAGUGGUCUUCAUGGGUUUUCCAGGCACCUGCUAGAAUACUGCCUGCUGCUGACUGUCCUGACAGUAGGCAGCAACUUGUCUUCCUUUUCUUGCCUUCCAUUGUCCGGGUACUGUACUCCCUCUAUGGUACGUGGAUGUCAACAGGUGCAAGCUCAAAUAUGGAGGCACGUGCUAGCAUUUAAUUUCUAGCAUGGAAGGAGGAUGUUCUGCACAAGAGAUAAAUAUCUAUAGAUAUACCUGCAUCUAUAUCUCUAGAUAUCACUGUAUGGCACUUGCAGUUUUAUGCAGGCUGCAUAAGUAAACCCAUCACUUACGCUUUAGGGCGAAGGUUCGCUCAACUCGUGUCAUUUUAAUAAUUGUGAAUGUAGGCAGCUGAGCUUUUGUGUUUGUGCAUCACAGAAUUUUACUGAAAACAGGAUUCCCAAGUGGAAAUGUCCAAAGGACUCUCCUCCCAUUGCUAAUGCAUGUCUUGUAAAAUUAAAUGAAACCGUUUGGCCAUCACAAAACAGUUUAUAUCCUGUUUCAAUCUGGGACUUGGAGGAGAUUUUGAGUAUAAGCAGGGCCCGGCAUAUUCUGCAGAUUUGUGACUACAGUUUCCAACUUCUGUGACAGAAUUGCGCUUCUAAAUCCAAGCUCUUUAAAAGAGGAGGAAAAAAAGCAUUUCCAGCCUUGGUGAUUGAAAGAGGACUUUGAAACAUGUGAAUGUGUAAACCAAUAGGGAAGUCUUCCUGAGUCUGCACACAGCCUAAACUAGUAGCUUUAAGAGAUCUGAAUAUCUCGUCUUGGUGGGAUAUUGACUCAGAAACUUCAGAGAGAAGUUUAAAUACGAACACUGCUAACUAUCUAAAUGCCGAUCACUGUAGCAGAAACAUCAGUCACUGUUGUAUUUCACAGAUCUCUAUGCUGCUUUCCACAUCUCCCAAGUGCCAAAAGCACCAGCUGCCAGAAUCUUCAGCUUCACUUGGGCAGCUUUUAUAAUGCAGUAAUGUGCUAUCAAUAUAAAAAUAUUUUUGCAUAUGUGCUUUUUAUCACAGUUAAUAAAACGGAGGCCUACUGCACUUAUUUUUUAAAACUACAUGAAGCUGCCAGAGAAUUUCCAGUUUGCCAACCCUGCGUACUGUGAAAUCCAGGAUCUUGCUACACAAAUGUAGACACCGCCUGCUGUGGAAUACCUGAAGCCUUGACUGUAACACCCCUUUCUCCACAGAACUCACAGGCCAUCUCUGUAGAGUUCUUACUGUGUACAUAGAAAUCGGUUUCCUCUGCUUUCCAGCAAGGAGUAUGUAGCAUUUUGUGAAAACAAGGCCACUGUAUAUUCUCUAAGUUGAAAGGAAAAAGAUACCUGGUGCUUUACUCAACACUUUUAAGUUAUUUAACUGUUUCUCUCAUCGCUGAAAUGCCCUUUAUCCUUUUUCUCUUUGUUCCUGACUGAGAUAUCCGAAGUUUUCUAGGGACUGUCUGUUUAAAGUGAUUUGUGGGACAUCACCCUGCCCCCACGUAUACUCUUGAAUCCUGGCAAACCCCUGGGGGCUGCCACUGUUGCAAGGGGGUCCCAGAGUAUUUGCAUUACUUUGAACAGAGUUUGUUCAGUGGAACCAUAUUGUCCUCUACUUAGUAGUAAUUCUUAGCAGCACACAGCUGAAGUCUCUUGCUGGUGUUCUUUCUUCACGGUGACGCUCCAAGUUGUGUAAAAACCUCUUUGUUUCCAGCUUCCUCUAGGGAGAUUCCAGUGUGUGACAAUCUGGAUAUUGCCCUUUGUGUACACUCUUCAGCACAGAGUGAGUGCACCUGUUACCUACAAAGUCUUGAAUCCUAAGCAGGAUGAAACUAUUUGGGUGUUUAAAGACCAACCUGCAAUUAUGAUGCAUGACCAUGUCUGCAUUGCUUCUCUGAGCUAAUUAAUUGGGGUCUUGUUUCAGUUACUGUCUACAUGGUACACCUUCAACUGCUGACUUACAAUAUGCAAUGUUGAUUUCAGCCUUGUACUGUAAAUGUUGCUCUUCACAAAGAGAAUGUGCAAUAGGAAAAGGGAAUGGUGGGAGGCAUACUUUUGAUGGAAAAAACACGUUAGAUUUUUUAAAACAUUUAAAAAAAUGAAAUGCAGUUUAUUUCCUUUUCUUGUGGUGUUUUCUACUUGGAAAAGGAAAGAUGAAGAUAUGUGCCUGUUUCUGUGCCUGGUGAAUUUCUCAAAUGCAAAGGUAAUAGAGAUUUAUGUUAGCUGGGAUUUAAGUGUUGAACCCAUGAAUGUUAGGCUGUGGUUGUAUCGCUUCUGUUUCCUCAGCUUGCCAUAAUUUUGGCUUGCUGAGCUGAAGUUUAAAAGCUACCACCUAUUUGUAUUUGUAUUCCAUCACCUGGGAUAGGCAUUUCACCAACAGUGCAGGGUAUCUGUUGAUAUUUUGUUCAGUUUUUAAAACACUGGUGCUUUUUGGUCCAAGACAGAGAAGCGUGUAGGGAGUGACAAGGAAUGUUGCCUGCACUGCAGAAGAGUGAAAAACAUGACUGCAGUCUUGAUGCCUUUGAUAUGAUUUAACUAUGCAAAUAUACAGAUAGGUGAGGAGGAAAAUUCUUGGGUUGCAUACCUAAUCUCUUAGAUUCUGCUCUGUAAAUUACUUCUUUGUGUAUAGGUACAUACAUAUACACACAGACAUGCAUGCACAUAAAUAUGCAAAGUCUUUUCUUUAUGUAGAAGUGAUGAAACAAAACCCUUUCCUCCAAGUUAUACUUGAUCACUUGGUGCAAAUAUAACUUGUUGCUGCUAAAGGAGGAUCUUGGCUAAGGGCAAACUUUGAUUCAUGUCUUUCAGGUUUGAAGACCUGUAUGUAGCAAACACUUUGUUUAGCUUUUCUGAAGACUCUGAAUUGUAAUUUAAGAUACAUGUUCUUCCUCAUGCUCUGAUAAUUUGGAGAUUCCUGUAUUUUAAACAACUAUAGUAAUGGGCAACUUUCUGAUUGCAAAUUAUUUCCUCUAAUUUGGAACAAAAAGUGAUAAAAAGCAUCUGGACCUCUUCCCUGGAAUUUCUGUCCUGUUCAGUCAAUACCUUGAUAUUCUGGUUGACCUAGAAGUCAAAGCUACUGCAAUAAAAAUGAUUGGUUUGGCAGUUUAAUCUGAGUUUUUAAUACUGUGUAUAGCAAAUGCUAUUUCUCUUUUUUGGAACAAGGAAAUCAAGGAUGAGAUGUGAUUUGCCCAGUUUCACAAAAGGAAUCUCCUGGAGCCAGGACUGAAUGAGAGGUUCCAGUUCCCUAGUGUUAUCUCUGAAUCAUGAGGUUUUACUCUUUUAAUAUAUUUGUCCCUUAAAGGAACUGGAAAAUAAGUUGACAUACCCUGAAGACCCACAUCAGGACAGUAAGGGCUAGAAUUAAACAUACAAGCUGUCGUGAUUUGGGGUUGUACAUACGUGGUGGCCCAGACGUGCAGAGUGAAGGCCAGCACAGCAUGUCCGUGUCAGUAACAGCAGCAAACUGUGUCCUGCUCUGUCUGUUCAGAAUCGUCCAACAAAACCAGUCUCGUUUGAUGCUCCUCUUAACUAAGGAGGGAGAAUACCAUUGUACAGUGAAGUGGGUUCAUCUCUGUUCUAUCAGUCAGUGUGACUGACCAUUUCUUCCUUGUGGGGCUUUCUCCCUUUUUCUGUAAACCAAAAUCUGGAGGGCUUUUAUUGUUCUUUCUUGCCUCUUAAUCCAGGCCUUUGCAGAGAAGCACCAGAUAGGAAAGUUGUGGAAAACUUUGGACUGCUGAUUCAGGGACAUCCUCUUAAGAUUUAGAAGAGUAGAAUUAUACAAUGCAUAAGGGAUCUGACUAUUCCUGUUUCUCUUCUAAUACAUGGUCAAGACUGCAGCUUCUGUCUUCCAUUUCAUGAUGUCAGCGUAGAUAUUAGGCUGUGUUUUUUCAUUAUUUCCCCUCCAAGUUAGGAUUAGUUCCUUAGGGUUCAAAUAAGUUCUGAAUUUCACAGAGAAGCACCUGAACCAAAACCCUGGAUUCAAACAUCCCAGAUUUGAUGUGGAAUUCAAAUCUGGAUCCUGACUCUGUGGCUUACUAACCUACCCAUUCAGGGGAGGGUUUGUUGUCUCUAUGUGGUGUUUGUGUUUUUGGUCCUUUGGAACUAAGCUUUUAAUUUGGUUGCCAGUUCUGCAAGGACUUUUUAACUUCUUAGCAAUGCCGGUGUUCACACGCUCCAUUGCUGGCAGUGCGAUGCGUAGUGAUAAAAUUUGACUCUGUCUAAGGGUUACUGAGAUAAACCAGCAUUACCAUUCGUAAAGGUCAUUUUCCUGCAUAGUGUUCCGAGCUUUGUAUUUGAAUAUAGCUCGCACCUGAAAGGACACAUCUUCCAACUAUGACCUGCAUCACUGGCAGAGAGUUGUGUAAUCUGUACUUGUGGAAUGGGAAGGUACAAGCUUCCAUCGUUGCUGAUGCAUUGUGUAAUCCACCUGUUUUGUUUUUCUUAUCGCUGUUGUUCGGUUAAUACUUUUUUUUUUCAGUUUUCUAGAAAAAAAAAUCGGGAAGUUCAGGAUUUUUUCUACAAGGUAUAAAACUCCAAUGAAUUAGUGGUGACUAGAGAGCUGUGAAAAAAUACCCCAUUAGGAGAUGAUGGGCUAAAUGUAGGUCCAUUUCUCUUAGACAAGUAGGAUAACCUUUAAGAUGUAUGGAACAACAUAAAAAUCGGGAAAACUAAACCUGACAUUUGUUUCCAAGAAAUUCUGUGAGAACUAUCUAUGGAAAAGACAUCAGUGAUUAAGAAUAAUGUACAAAUUAAUGUGUUUGAAACUUGUGUAUCCAUUUCUUUAAUCUCAUACUCUUCAGUGAACGGUACACUUGUGUUCAGUUUUAUGAUCAAAAACAAAGACCAAAGAAGGCCAGCCUCAUUUGAUUGUGUAUAUUCUGCCUGUCUUAAUUAUCAAUAGCUGUAAGGAUACAGUGCAAGUGAUCUGGUAACCAGUUGUUCUCGUCCUUUUCUUUUAGGGGGGAAAAACAAUUUUAAAAUGUAUAAUUUAUUGCUCAGCAAUAACCAUGUUGUUAAAAUAAUAAUAAAAAAAAGGAAUUAGCAACAUGUCUUAAUUUCCCAAUAGCAUUAUUAUAUGUUGUAUUUCAGUUUACUGUAUAUUGUGUUUUUGUAUUUAUUUGUGUUUGGAGGUCUUGCUGUCUUUUUGUGUUUAAAUGCUAAUAAACAAGGACAGUGUGUAAGAGUGUAGAAUGCUGAACUCUGAAAUGCUAAACUGUGUUAUUAAAGGAAAAAUAAACAAGUAGGAAAUCAUA